UAACACAGUGCAUAAGGAGACUGCUCAUACUAAUUAUAUAUUCAUCCGCUAGACCUUCCAUCACACAACACAUCCGUGUUCCAAUCUUUUCAUCUCAAAUAUAGAGAACUCGACUACAUCUUUACACUAUUCGAACCUUUAAUUCAAUCUAUCUCUAUUCAGAAAUGGAUGAUUGCAAGAUACCGAUGGAGCUGUUGAUUGAUAUCUUGGUGAAGUUACCGGUAAAAUCUCUCAUGCGUUUUAAAUGUGUGUGCAAACAUUUCUACGAUUUGAUAAAGCACAAUCAUCACUUGAUACACAAAUUCUAUGAAAUUAAUAGAGAGAAAUAUCACUGUGCUAUUAUAGAGCAGCCAAUUGGAUCUAGUCACCGCCCUAAUCAAAUGUUCAGCCUGCUUUAUCAAGAACCGGAGUCUAAUGAGAUUGGGUGCAUGUCCGUAGAUUUCCCAAAUUCAAAGACAAGAUUUGUAAGUUGUUGCCAUGGAAUGUUUUGUUUCAUUCUGGGUAAAGGAGAUAUUCUUAUCCGUUGGAGUGAGUUUUCUGAAGAUUUGAGUUUCGAUGUUCUGCUAUGGAACCCAUCCAUCAGGGAAAUCAAAGUGUUACCGUCUAUUACUGUGCCUAACAUCCCGCCCCCUCAAUUCCUUGUCGCAUAUCUUAUGUUUGAAGGGUUUGGAUUUGGGGUUUCUAACAGCAUGUCUUGGAAGGUUGUCAUGCUCUGGCAUUUCGCAAGUUGUGCGGUCGAUCACAAACAUAAUUAUGAAUUCGUUAUGGUUUGCAGCCAAGUAGGUGAUGGUUCAUGGAGCUGGAGGCAAAUUGAUGCUCUUCCAAAUGUGCCUGUGAAGUCUAAUCAAGAUUUUUAUUUCCAGGGGAAAUACUAUUGGCAGGUACAAAAUAUAGAUUUUGUGGAUUCACAUCAGUUGCUGUGGUUUGACUUGGAUGAUGAGGUAUUUGGGACGAUCGAGUUGCCAGCCAGAAGGGAACACUUUUCAUUUACUGUGGCAAAUGAGACUAUUGCUAUGAUUUGUUGUUGUCCUCCAGAGAAUAGCAAUUACAUUGAGAUUUGGCUAAUGAGGGAAAAAGCUAACAAUGUGGAUUGGCAUAAACAGUGGAGGAUAGAAUGUGGAGCAAGCAUUGACAAGCAUGAGUAUUGGAAUCCAGUGGGGUUUGGAACCUGGGAGGAAUCUUGGUUCCCUAUUGGUAUUUGGAGUCUGGGUGGUCGUUCUCAUUUGCUUGCAUUUCCUUAUAUGAGCACUUAUCGCAGGAAUGAUUACCCCGGUUCACUUGUAGGUUUUCCUGAUGGAGAAAACUAUAUCCCAUACUUAAUUUCUGUUGAUUUGGAAACUCAAGAAAUGAAGAUGAUCUACUUAACUCUAGAAAAGAAGGGUGUUAAGUUUGCUUCAAAUCCGACGGGGUAUACUCAGGUUUACAAGAAAAGCAAUAUUGAUAUAACUCAAGAAUGGAAGGAUCAUAAGAUCUUUCCAACACAGAGCUCCUAUGCUAGAAUAUGUAGUCAAAGUCUACAACUUAUAUAGAAAACACAUACUUAUCUUUGUAAUACUUGGUUUGGCAUUUGAAACAUGAACCUUUUUGUAAGUUUUAUUAUUAUUUGCACUACUUUGUACACGCUAAGAGUUAUGUGGCUUUACUUGGGAAAAUAAGAUUCUGAUUCAGUGCAAUCUUCAAGUGUAGUGUUAAUUCUGAUUCAGUGCAAUCUUCAAGUGUAGUGUUUAUUGAUAGGAGAGAGUGUGCGAACAACUUGCUGCUUGGUGAAUCCUUGUACUAUUAUAAAGAAAAUCUUGUUAAUGCUUAAUAUGGAGUAUGAGUACUAGUGUGCAAACAACUUGCUACUUGAUGUUUUCACUACAAUAGCAAUUCAUUUCAUUUGUACAUGCCAUUUUGCACACGUUUUCUCUACAUCCUGAUACUUUGUCUAUAUCACAUUAUCACAUGUAUCUAUUUCAAAAAAUGCUCAGAGCCGGCAUGUGAAUUUGACUCACAAUUGGCAUAAGUUGACCAUACUUGCAGUUAGGUUCUUCAGCUUGGAUUCAAAUAGAAAUUAGGUGGUUUCAAAUCGAAAUAAAACCAGUCAUAUAUGAGAUUUUUGCCUUUUUGCUUCCAACAGUUUUGCUCAACUUUCCUUUUUGAUCAGAUUGGCAGUAGAAUGGGAGGGAGCAUUCUGAUUGAUGAUCCUUGUCAUUAAGCUGCCUCCCUUCUUUCGUGCCGGUCACUUCAUCUUCCACUCCUCCACAUCCUGCGUCCAGAAGAAAAAACCAACCGUGAAGCUCUGACAACUUGAAAAAUCAUCCUCCACUCCUCCAAAAUCAUGCGUCCACAUACUUCGAAUAACUUUUUCAUUAUACUUAUUAAAUUUAUGAAACACAACGUUUUAAAGAAUUGUUAGUUGUGUUAGUAAAAUAUUAUUUUUUUUAUUAAAUAAAGUUGUUGACUAAUAAC